AUGAAAAAAGUUGAGGAGGAUUUUAUUGUUAAAGAUAACAGUAUCAAAGAAAAUGCUCAGACUAAAACUGACCGUCACCACGAAGAUUUCUUGUCCAUUCAGUAUGACAGAAAUUUCUGGAUCGAGGUUAGUCUGAAGCGGAGUCAUGGAAUGUUGUGGAACAGAGCUAUAGAUGAAGUCCAAGUUGAAAGACUGAUUCAGACUUACAAGGAUAAUGGGGAACUGGAUAGUGAGGAUCCAGCUUUGUUGAUGUUGAAAAUUUGGCCUUCAUCGAAACAGUACAAAGAUAAUCCUGAGAAGCUUCAAGGCUUGGAAGAACUGAUAAAUCGUUUGCUGGAAAUUCUGCUAAGGAGUGACUUGAAUUUGGGCAACAGAUAUGAGACAUUCAGAGAUGUGAAUGACAAGACUAAGAGAACAUUACUACACUAUGCUGCAGAACUUGGAUUUUUACAAGUUGCCAAAACACUUGUGAAGCAAUGUCCAUCAUUGCUCUCUCUGGAGACAAAACGACCUAGGACAACAAGAGCCAUGUUACCAGUUGAGGUGGCUUUACUGGCAGAGAAAGAUGAGGUAGCGGCAUAUCUCAUAAGAACGAUGUGGCAUGAAAGAGUCCAAAGCCUAUUUUCCUGGAGACCAGAUGACAUGACAAAGCCUCCUCAACCAUCUUUCUUCAGUUUCAAGUCUCUUAUUGAAAAUCCCAAAAUGAAGAAAACGACAUUGGCUCUGCUAGACCAGAUGGUGAAUCCUCACUGGCCACAUCUUCCAAAACGUAAAGAAAGUUACAAAAAUGAACAUGAGAAGGAAGGAAUUGAGGGAGCUUGGAGGACAAUCACUGAUGAUCCUAUGGAUUAUCACUUUUACUAUCAUAUUUUGGAUAGUGAUGAGGGUGGAUGCCCUCCAAGGCUUACAAUGCCUGGCAGAGAAAAGCAGAUAGACAACAAACAUUUCAGCUGGAGAGAUAGGUCUUGUUUGCAUUUAAUUGCAAAGAGCAAAAAUAAGGAGGCCUUACAACAUCCUGUGGUUAGAAUGUUGGUGAAAACAAAAUGGAAAAGUUAUGGACACUUUUUUCUGAGCCUUCAAGCAGCAUUGUAUGUGAUCUUCUUGCUGUGUUUGUCAUAUUCUUCGCUGAGUGCUUCCACAACAGUAGACCCCACCCAAUAUGGGGGGGAAGCUGAUUCACUGCGUGGAUUUUGUGAGAUUUUCACCCUAAUUAUGGUGGUCUUUUACAUAUGUGAAGAAAUUAAUCAAAUGAGAUUAGAGGGGAAGUCGUACUUCACAGAAUGGAUGACCCUGUUUGACUGGUCAGGCCUGUUGCUUAUCCUGUGUAUAAUACCCUUGCGGUACACGCAAAGUAAAGCUCAGUGGCUUGUGGCAUCUUUAGCUUUCUUGUUCAACUUCCUGAGGAUCUUUAAGUUUUCUUGCCUGACAAGGACAACCGGAUUAUACACAAAAACCUUGGCUAAGAUCAUUUUGCACGAUGUGACAAGAUCCAUGGCGGUUUUUAUUGUUAUCUUUUUCUCCUUCUGUGGUGCUUUGUCUUUAUCGCUCUGUUACUCCGAUGAAAACCAACAGUUUAGUGACUUCGGAGAUGUGUUAUUGAGUGGCUUUCGCGCGCUCUCUGAACAAAGACCAAUUGCUUACGAUUAUUCAAAUUUCAACUGGCUCUCCAUUCUGUUAAUGAUGGCCUACAUGGGGAUCGUGAUAGUGAUUCUACUCAACAUUCUCAUUGCACAAAUGAGUACGACCUACACACAGGCCAAGAAAGUCGCCCGUCUGGAAUAUGAUGUGGAUCGUAUUCUACAACUCACACGCAUGGAGAGAUUUCCUUUUCUGAAUCUGCGCGUGAAGUAUUACAAAGAGGGAGACUGGAUCAGUGAAAUGAAACUCGCCCAAGAUCUUCUUGAAUUCAGUGAAGAUCGCAGCCCUUGGGAGUCGGUGGAAGAGAAACUUACUGCGAUUCGGGAUAUGAUGAGGAAGAUGGUGAAACAGAUGAGGCCUGGAAUCGGAUGAAUGGAGCUUUGUGUGCCCCAGUCCCCUUUUUAUG